UUGUUGCAAAUAUAUAUUCUCUUUCCGGUGGUUUUCUACUUGUUGACAUAUUUACCACGUGUUUGUGUUGUGCUAAAUAUGAGACGGUACAGAUAUGGCGAUCCAACAAAAGCUAGCCGAAUACAGUGGAAAAGCGCACUGUAUUUCCUUGCAGCUUGGAACGUAUUAGGCAUUGUAGUAUAUAAAGUAUACAAGUCGAAAAAGAAAGAUGAAACACCAGAAUGGGAUAAAUUGACAACUACUCAAAAGUACAUGCAGUUGGUCACAGUUGGAGGAAAUAAGCCAAUAGAAAAGGUACAAAUGUCCGGUCUAACACCUGUGAGGACAGAAGAGUUUAAAAAAAAGAGUGAUUGUAAAGAUGAAUUCUGUGAUGCAUAUGAUCAUGAUCCUCUGAAAGAUGCAAGAUUUAUCUCCAUGGACUUUGGACCAUUUAAUAACAGUCGUUGCCAUGAACAUCUAGAGAACAAAUAAGAUGUUGUGUAGGUGUGGCACUACUGUGUUGCUGCAUGUAUAUCAACAUCAAGAUGAUUAUUAUUUAGAAGAUACAUACAUGUCUGGAGCAAAAUACACCAGCUUUCAACAUUUCUGAAAAAAUCCAGCAGAUGAACUAUAUGUUAGUGCCAUAUUUCCUCAAGUUGACAUGCACCAUGGUUCUGUUUAGGUUCAUGUAUCUACCAUUGUGAGUGUAGCAUGCAGUAUGCUGGCUGUUUGGUAGAGGAAGACAGGACUCUGACAACUGACAUAUCUGUAAAUGAAGUUUAAUGUUUUUCUCACUUUGAACAUUUUGAACUGGUUCAUGUUAUUAAAGGCUUAUUUAUAUGUCAUUCUGAGACAGUAUACUCAGAGAUAUUGUAAGAUUGUUUUGAGUGAAUGUGUUUGUGUAAAUAAAUGAGAGUGUUCCCAA